GCCUCACGAAAGAACCACGCACCCGUGGCUAUGUGGUCAUCGAACCCACCCCACCCAAUAUCAUAUUCUUCGAACCAUCCACUGCCUCAUGGGUCCGAUCUCCCAACACUCGACUCGAACCCCUCUCGCUCUCUCUCUCUCUCUCUCUCUCUCUCUCUCUGUGUGUAUUGCAGCAACCUAGGUCUUCAAAACUUGCUUGUCUGAGAGACCAAAUCAAUGACCUAUUCAUCUAUAUCUAUCUACAUAUAUAUAUAAAGACAGUGGUGGUUUGUGGUGGCGCAAGAGCUUGAGAGAGCGAGUCUUGUCUGAUGAAUCGUCGUUUCAUACACCACGGAAAAUGUUGGCAACAAUCACAGUACAUCGCCUGCGCACGUUAGUCCUCCUCACCAAUUCCAUUGAAAACCAAUCGUCUCCAUGUCUAGGCUUUUGACAAUUAGGAAUAUUAGGACAGUUGCACAUUCUAUUCGUGCAAACCAGAGGAACUUUUAUUCAGAAGGAAGUAAAUAUGGGGCAGCUGUUACAGCCGGGUUACAUUCCCCCCAAUACAGAUUAUACUCGCAGUAUAUUUUUCCUAUUCGGGAACAUGCUUCAUUCGCGGGGUACAAAAUCAAGGGCAGUUUUGGCAAGAUUAGUUUCUCGAGUAAAUUUUCUACCAUCCCUGCAAGUAACACAGUAGCACAUCAUGCCCAAGUUGCUUGGAAGAGACUCUCACAGAUGUCUUCUCAGAAUUGCCAGACUUCCCUUCUCAUAAGUAGGACUGCUCAAGCAGUUAGUUUGGCCUUGAGCCGAUCUUACAUGGUUGUUCCUGGUAUAUUUGCCUUGACAUGUGGCAAUCUAGCAUUGGCACAAACAUCAGCAGACAUGGACCCUUUCUACUCAAGAAAAGCUUUGUACAUGCGUGCUGAAGAUGGGCAUGCUUUUGUGACCUCAUUAUUAUUUGCAGUGUUUGAAGGAGUGGUCUUGUUGCUAAGAGCUAUUUAUUUGGCAAUUUUGUUCUCACCCAGCAUAGUCAUGGGCCCAUUUGCUGAUUGUUUUGGACCUCAAUUUAGAAAAACAUGGCUUCAGGUUGUACAUCAUACACUUGAAAGAGCGGGCCCAGCAUUCAUAAAAUGGGGCCAGUGGGCAGCUACACGGCCAGAUCUCUUCCCUAGAGAUUUAUGCUCUGAACUUUCAAAGCUUCACACCAAAGCUCCUGAACACAGUUUUGCAUAUACAAAAAAGACUAUCGAAAAAGCUUUUGGUCGUAAGCUUUCUGAAAUUUUUGAUAAUUUUGAGGAGGCACCUGUAGCAUCUGGAAGUAUUGCUCAAGUCCAUCGAGCUUCAUUGAAUUAUCGAUACCAUGGUCGACAAAUCAAGCCUAUUGUAGUUGCAGUGAAAGUUAGACAUCCUGGUGUUGGUGAAUCGAUUAGAAGAGAUUUUGAGAUAAUUAAUAUUGUAGCAAAGUGUUCAAAGUUCAUUCCUACUCUGAAGUGGUUAAGAUUGGAUGAGAGUGUCCAGCAAUUUGCAGUUUUUAUGUUGUCUCAGGUUGACCUUGCAAGGGAAGCUGCCCAUCUAAGCCGCUUUAUUUACAAUUUUCGUCGAUGGAAGGAUGUUUCUUUUCCAAAGCCCGUUUAUCCCCUUGUGCAUCCUGCAGUUUUGGUGGAAACUUUUGAGCAAGGGGAAAGUGUGGCGUACUAUGUUGAUGAGCUUGAAGGGCAUUGUCGCCUUAAAAGUGCACUUGCGCACAUUGGGACUCAUGCACUUUUGAAGAUGCUUCUAGUGGACAACUUUAUUCAUGCAGAUAUGCAUCCUGGAAAUAUCCUUGUCCGGGUACCUCAAAGCAAGUCUUCUCAGAAACGGCUCUUUAAGUCAAAGCCUCAUGUUGUCUUCAUUGAUGUAGGCAUGACUGCCGAACUUUCUAACAGUGACAGAGUAAAUUUGGUGGAAUUCUUUAAGGCUGUUGCCCGUAGAGAUGGUCGCACUGCAGCAGAGUGCACACUCAGCUUAUCUAAGCAACAGAACUGCCCAAAUCCUGAGGCUUUCAUUAAGGAAGUGACAGAAUCAUUUGAUUUCUGGGGUACUCCAGAAGGUGAUGUGGUUCAUCCUGCUGACUGCAUGCACCACCUACUUGAGCAAGUUAGGCGUCACAGAGUCAAUGUUGAUGGCAAUGUCUGCACUGUGAUGGUUACGAUUUUGGUUCUUGAGGGUUGGCAACGGAAGCUUGAUCCAGACUAUGAUGUUAUGCACACACUGCAAACAUUGCUUCUCAAAGUUGACUGGGCAAAGUCACUCUCGUAUACAAUCGAAGGGCUUAUGGCUCCGUAAAACAUUAUUUGUCUGUGUUACUAUUUCUCCACAAUUUUGGCUGUGUAAAACCCAAAACUGUAUAUCAGUCCUGAGAAAUCACUUUAGAGUCUCUCUUAGGUCUGUUUUCUUUUACUUUCAGCUGGCUCUUAUUGUGUGCCUCACCAUCCAUUAAUUUUACAAGGAAAAUUUUGUAUUUACUAUUGUCGUUUUCCCCCACAAAAAGUUACUGUUCACUCUAAUUCUUCCUCUGAGAAGUGAAAAGUAUAUAAGAGCAAAAGAAAGAAAUAAAGGAAUUAUUCUUUGAUCUGUUGAUUAUUCAAUUAA